CGGGCCACCUGUAUAAGAGCAGCGUGCUGGGGUUUGAAAACAAGUAUGGAAGUGCCCGAGGUCCUGGGAGGUUGUGGGCGCUCGAUGGGGAAGCGGCUCGUCGGUGCCCCGGGCUGCUAAGCUCCCGCUGCCUGCAUUCCCGCAGCGCGGCCGCAGGGCCAUGCUGGCUUCGCGCGUGGCGCGAGGCUCGUGGGGUGCCCUGCGCGGGGCCACAUGGGCGCGACCGGGCAAGGGGCGCGCCCUCGGGGCCCUGCUGCCGCCCGCACCCAUCUGCCUGGGCUGCCUGGCGGAGCGCUGGUGGCUGCGCCCGGCCGCGCUCGGCCUGUGGCUGCCUGGAGCAGGCCCGCGGGGCCACUGCUCAGGCGCGGGGAAGGCGACCCCGGGGCCCCCAGCCGGAGAGGGCGCCGCCGCGGAGGCCCCGGGCGGCCCGUGGGGCCCGGAGAGCGCCGCCAACCUGUAUGAAAACCCAUGGACAAUACCAAAUAUGUUGUCAAUGACGAGAAUUGGCUUGGCUCCAGUUUUGGGCUAUUUGAUCAUUGAAGAAGAUUUUAAUGUGGCACUAGGAGUUUUUGCUUUAGCUGGGCUAACUGAUUUGUUGGAUGGAUUUAUUGCUCGAAACUGGGCCAGUCAGAAAUCAGCUUUGGGAAGUGCUCUUGAUCCACUUGCUGAUAAAAUACUUAUCAGUAUCUUAUAUGUUAGCUUGACCUAUGCAGAUCUUAUUCCAGUUCCACUUACUUAUAUGAUAAUUUCAAGAGAUAUAAUGUUGAUUGUUGCUGUUUUUUAUGUCAGAUAUCGAACUCUUCCAGAACCGCGAACACUUUCUAAGUAUUUCAAUCCUUGCUAUGCUACUGCUAGGUUAAAACCAACCUUCAUCAGCAAGGUGUUUUACAGCUUUCACCACGGUUGCAUCAGCUUACAGUUAUUAUCAUUACGGUCGGAAAACUGUUCAGGUGAUAAAUGGCAGAUGAAUCCGUCAUCGUUAGCAAGGAAGCAAUAUACAUCAUUGGCAGCAGGGCCAGUGGAAAUGUACAGGAGUCUCCCUACUUUGAAAAAGGACUUGUCAGAUCAAACCAUGUCAUCAAUAUUUAAUGUGCAUUGAAAAUAAGCUUGAUCAUGGGCAUAUGCAGAAUUUCCAAUGUAUUUUUAAAUACAAAUAAAACUAUCAUUUAGAAUUUUUUACCAUAGGUUUCUUUAUUAACUUAAAAGGAAUCAAUUCCAAUAAUUGUCAGUCAUUUUUAAAUAUUUUUUUAGAAAGUAGUGUCCAGAGCAUGGAAACUAGAGAAUUGCCACUUCUCUUUAAUAGACUUUAGAUCGCUCACAAUGCAUUAGGGAAUUUCCUAGGUUUAAAUAUAUGUAGCCUACACAAGUUGGCUAUACAACUUUAAGUUUAAUUUGAUCACUAUGUAUAUUAACAGUUAAUGAGGUUAAUAUUCGAUCAUUUAAGGCUAAUGACAGUAAAGGUAGCUUAGUUGUAGAUGAAGUAAACUUGUAAAGAGAUUAUAAAGAUCCAAAUAGAGGGUAAUGAAGUUCAUGUUCGGUAGUCUUCCAACCUCUCAGGUGCCUAAUAGUUUUAUCAGGAUAACAAGUAACAGAAAUAGUUGGAAUAAUAAAACAUAUCCAUGAGCCUACACCUUCCAAGAGGCAGUGAAUUAUAUCAUGCCUUCCAACUGUAUUUCUAACAUAGCAGUGUUUGUAUGAUAUUGGAAUCUGUACUCAUAUGUUAUGUAUAUAAUAUAAAACUGUAUUUUUUAAACUUUGGGGAAUAUUCUUUUGUUAAGAUGUUAAAAGAAUAAAAAAGCUGGAAAACAA